AUGCCGGCGGGCGAGGGGGAGAAGGAGGAGGCGGCGCCGCCUCCUCGCCCGGCCGCCCUGCUGCGGUGGGACGAGGUGCCCGAGGACUUCGUGGAGUGCUUCAUCCUCUCGGGCUACCGGCGGCUGCACUGCUCGGCGCAGGAGUGCCUGGCCUCGGUGCUGCAGCCCACCAACGAGACCCUCAACUUCUGGACCCACUUCAUCCCGCUGCUGCUCUUCCUCAGCCGCUUCGGGCGGCUGCUGCUGCUGCGGGGCGCCGGGGACGUGCCCUUCCACCACCCGGCCCUGCUGCCCCUCUGGUGCUACGCCUCGGGGGUGCUGCUCACCUUCGCCAUGAGCUGCACGGCCCACCUCUUCAGCUGCCUCUCCCCGCGCCUCCGCGCCGCCUUCUUCUACCUGGACUACGCCUCCAUCAGCUACUACGGCUUUGCCAGCACCGUGGCCUACUCCUACUACCUGCUGCCGGGGCUGAGCCUGCUGGACGCCGGCGCCAUGAGCCGCUACGUGCAGCAGCGGCUGGGCUGGCAGCUGGACUGCAGCCUGCCCAUCGCGGCCUACCGCGCCCUGGUGCUGCCCGUGGCCCUGGCGCUGGCCGUGGGCUGCACGGCCGCCUGCUGCCGCAGCCGCGCCGCCUGCUGCGCCUACCCCUUCGCCGUGCGCACCUUCGUCUUCGCCAUGCCGCUGAGCAUGGCCUGCCCCAUCAUGCUGGAGAGCCUCCUCUUUGACCUCCGCACCCGCAACCCCACGCUCUUCGUCUACUUCUACCGGCGCUACUGCUGGCUGCUGGUGGCCGCCUUCUUCAACAUCAGCAAAAUCCCCGAGCGGAUCCAGCCGGGGCUCUUCGACAUCGUGGGGCACAGCCACCAGCUUUUCCACAUCUUCACCUUCCUGAGCAUCUACGACCAGGUGCACUAUGUGGAGGACGGGCUAGCCGAGUUCCUCAAGGCAGCCCCGGCCGCCCCCACCUACCUGGGCACCGUGGGGUAUAUGCUGCUCCUGACGCUCUGCCUGGCCGUGGUCGUCAGGAGGUUCCUCAACGUCGCAGACCUCUGCAAGCAGGACUAG